CAGGGCUGGGGGGAGCCAUGUGGAGGUUUUUGAUUUCAUGAUGCUGUUAUACAGCACAUCCCUCAGUGUGUCUCCGGGGGUGUUAAGGCCUCAGCUCACGCACACUCUGCUCUCACUGAGCAUAUUCCCCUGGUCCAGGGCUAACCCUUUGCCAUCAGCCAAUGUUGUGCACCACAGCCACCCCUGGCUCUGUGCCCCAGCCCCUCGGGGUGUGGCACGGCUGGGCUGUUGUCACUGCUGUCACACCUCUGUGCCAGUGAGGCCCCAGCCCCUCCCUGGGGACAGCGCUGGUGGUUCUGUCACCCCUGGCCGGGCCCAAGCAACUCUAGGGACUCUGGGUGGGGCACUGGAGCAGGCAGGGACAAUAUCCAUGGGAUUUGUGAUCCCAGUGCUGAGCACCGGAUGCUGUUAUGGCCCUGGAGCCCCAGCCCUGCACAGACCCCACCCUGGGAGACACACGCUGACCCAGGACAGGCGCAGACCCAGGACACACGGGGACCCAGGACACACGGGGAGCCAGGACAUACACAGAGGGACCCAGGACACACACAGAGGGAGCCAGGACACAGGGGAGCCAGGACACAGGCACGCCUCGCAGCUGCUUUGUCGUUUAUUGCACACCAAGCCGCGGGGGCAGGCGGGGCCGUGCGGAAGCCGCCGGUUCCCAGCCCGGAGCCGUUGCAGGUCCCGUCUCCACAGGCCCCAGACACACGGACACAGACACGCCGGGUCUGUGGCCCGCACACACGGGAGGGACAGAAGUGACAGCCAGGUGCUCUUGCCCUCCUCACUGCAGAGGGAACACAGGAGUGUGGGCAGAACCCAGGAUCUGAGCGAAGGCAGAGCCCCCGGGGCUGCUGUGGAGCACCAGCUCCAAGCAGAAACCACAUCAUGUAAAUACAACUGCCCAGGGCCAUGGGCUGCACAUCGGGACAGCCAGGGACACGCUCAGCCAGGCUCUGGCUCCAGUGGCUGCAGGUCUGGCCUGGGAAGGGCUGUCCUGGUGCUCAGAUGGUGCCCAAGAGCCCCUCAGAAGCAUCGUCGUGGGGAUCCCUGUCACUGUUGCUGAAGGCCGGGUGCAGGACGGGGACCAGAAGUCAAUC